CACACCUCGCCCUUCUGCCCCCAUGAGUCUCCGCGACUUUGCACAUGAGGCGCUGAUGUUUGACUGCCUUAUUAUCGGUUGGCUGUCCCCUAUGCCUGAAGACUGUUCUGUUUUAUGCUACCUCCCCUGUCUAUUUUCCUACCAGAUACAAAACCAGAACUGAUCCAUCAAGAUGCUUCAACCUCCGGUCGACUCGCCCCGGAGGCCACUUAGUAUCAUGACCACGGCCACAUCUGCCUCAGCCCAGGAUAAGUCAGGUGUGACGUGGUCGAAGAGCGUGAACGAAGAAAACGCCUGGGAGGACCUGAUCUUGACCCUCGAUGGCGGAGGUAUUCGAGGCUACGCCAGCCUACUCAUCCUUCAACGGCUUAUGCACGAGAUCGCCGAAUGCGAAAAGCGAUUACAGGACGAGGAAGGUCCGGUCGCAAACAGCCAACGGCGCACCUUCAACGAAGACGAGCUCCUACCAUGUCACUACUUCGAUUACAUAUACGGCACAAGCACUGGUGGCCUAAUAUCCGUACUGCUUGCGCGACUGCGCAUGACAGUUCCCCAGUGCUUGGAGUUGUACCGUGCAGUUGGGAACGAUCUCUUCGGCCAUCGUAGGAACAUCCUCCCACUAGCGACUAAAUACCACCACAAGCCGUUAGAGAAAGCUGUGCAGAGGAUCGUCAAACAAUAUUGCAAACACCAUGGCGAUAGCUGCAAUGGAAACGAUUGGCACCCAUGGAACGUUGACGAAGACGCAAAAGACGAAGGUGGUUCUUCAUCGUCGAGCACUGACGGGCAAACAGAGCGCAUAUGUCAAUCAAUCUGCCUUACUGCAACACAUUCCGGGCAAAUAUCGGAGGCUUACCUUCUGCGCACGUACGACCACCGUUACGACCCUGACAUCGCGCCGCCGUGGGUGACGCCAUACAACACAGGCGCAGACAAGCUGAGGAUAUGGCAGGUCACCAGGGCCACUUCUGCCGCACCAUUCUUUUUCAAGAUGCUCGAAGCUGACUUUGGAGGCACAAGGGGGAAGAUAGGGUUCAAAGAUGGUGGGAUUCGUGAGAACAAUCCCUCGUAUGCCGCCUAUACAGAACAUCUUUCCCUCCGAGGCGAAGACCACGAACCAGCCAUACUGCUGUCGGUUGGGACUGGACGCCCAGAUACUCAGCACGAUGGUUUCGCAGCAGUUUGGCCAGGCCCUUUUGGCAAGGUUCCGCUGGUCAAGAAGUGGUCGGAAAAAAUCGCAGUUUUUAAGAACGUUUUAAUCAAGUACACCGAAGGAGAAAAUCGGCACAAGACAAUGCAGACAAUUGCGCGAGGAGAGCAUCGGUGGUACAAGCGGCUGAAUGUUGACAAAGGCUUGGAAGAUAUGCCACUAGAUAGCUGGGAAAAAGGGUUAUGGAAAAAUCCCCACACAGGAGAAACGAAGCAAGUUUCCGGCGGAAAAACGCUAUCGAAGAUGGAGACGGUCACCAAAACCUAUCUGGAUCGAGACGAAGUAAACAAGUCCGUUCACGAAUAUGCCCCGCCAAAAGUUAUGUUGCAACAGGUUGCCGAGAGGUUGGUGCGGCACAGGAGGAUGAGGGAAGCUACUAAACAAGAGGACUUGAGGAGGUGGCAGACGCACAUGGGCCAGUGGCUUACCGGAAGCUUAAAGGAAGAGGACACGAUGAUAGUAGUUGAGGAGAGGAAAGGAUCAAAGCCUUGAUACCACCUUGCUCGUUCAGGAUGUUGACACACUCACAGUACCAAGAAAGGAGAUCUCUCCUCCCACCUCUUGCUAGAGUCACGAGAACAGUCAGAAGUGUGGCGCCUGGUGUCUUGGAACAUCACCCUGGUUGGCCAAUCUCGUCCUACUUCUUGUUUCACUGUCCAUAUUCUCCCUCUACGAAGUCAACUUGUUCACAGCCAAGGUGUUUGUCACUACGCAUUUCACGGAGCAUAGCAUAGCGGAGCAUGCAUCGGCACGGCGUCUACACCUCCUCAAAAAGGCUCUUUUUUCGUUGGCGUUUUGGUUUGGAUAUGUAUAUUAUUAUGGAUCAUUUUGGAUUCUCGAGCGACGACAGAGAUACCAUUUCUAUCAACAAUCAUGUAUCGUUAGCUACCAAUACUAAUAUCUCA